UCCCAAUGGCCCUUCAAACCUCAUUGCUUGAUUCUGUCCUCCGAAUCGCUCCCGCCAAAAACUGGCCAAGCCCAAACAUUCUUAUCCUACGCACGCCCUGUGUUAACGUACACCCAUCUUCCACCUCAUUCCCAAUUCUCUCCCGGAAAAUCUUUCCUAAACCCCUCAGAGCUUCGACGCCCCAAAAAUACGUUUAUCCUGACCCAAUUCCCGAGUUCGCCGAAGCUGAGACCGAGAAGUUCAGGGUCGAGCUUCUCAAGAAGCUAUCCAAGGAGAAGGACACGUUCAGAGAUGACCUCCAUGCGGUUGUAGCGGUCUGUGCACAGAUAUUUAGUGAAUUCUUGCACAAGGAGUAUGGAGGACCUGGGACACUAUUAGUUGAGCCUUUCACAGAUAUGUUGGUUGCUCUCAAGGAAAAGAAGUUGCCUGGAGCACCUUUGGCUGCCCGAGCAUCCCUGUUAUGGGCACAAAACUAUGUUGAUCAAGACUGGGAAGUCUGGAACUUGAAACCGAAACCACCCAAGUGACUGUUUUUCAAUAUUAUUUUUUUUUCUCCAAGUUUUCCUCCUGUUGUAUACUAUCUACUAUCUCCUAUCUAUCAAGAAGAUACUCCACCACAAACUUAAGUUUUAAAAACAAUGUCUGAUCCAUUGCACUUUCUUAGCUAUACAGAGAUCUUAUUACUCAAAA